UUUGUCAUAUGACCGUCACGUGAACGAUCUCUUAUCACAUGAGUGGGUCGGCCCAACUGAUAAUCAUCGUCGAAAGAGAGCAGACGUGAUUUUAAUCAACAUGGGAAGACUGACAACGAUUGUAGUGGUAGGUUUGGCGUGCCUUCAUAUAUCGGCUGCUUACGUACCGAGAUUUCUUAAUGGAAGACCAAGAGGUGGAAUGGUUGGUCGUCCAGCGUCCAAAAGAGUCUCCACUGACCCCCUCCCACCCGACAUGUGGAUGGAACAAACAUUAGACCACUUCAAUGAUGCCAACACUCAGACAUGGCAGCAGAGAUAUUUUGUGAAUGAAAAGAACUUCAAGCCAGGGGGACCUGUGUUCUUGAUGAUUGGUGGAGAAGGGACGGCCGACCCCAUAUGGAUGGUGGAGGGAAUGUGGGUAGAAUACGCCAAGACUUACAACGCCAUGUGUUUCCAGCUGGAACAUCGCUUCUACGGCAAGAGUCAUCCCACACCAGACAUCAGCGAUGAGAGUCUGCAAUAUUUGAGCAGUGAGCAAGCUCUUGCUGAUCUAGCAGCUUUCAUUCAGUUUGCCAAGUCCAAGUUCAACCUGGCUGACAACAAAUGGAUAUCAUGAGGAUCUUAUCCAGGGUCGCUGUCAGGAUGGCUGAGAAUGAAGUACCCACAUCUCAUCACAGGUGUAGCAACAAGUGCCCCUGUGUUAGCUCAGCUCAACUUCAUCAACUACCUGGCUGUGGUGCGUGAUUCGCUGUCGACGACGGGGCCUGGGUGUAACGAGAACAUCCUGGAGGCUACGGAGGAGGUGGAACUGAGGCUGCAGACACAGCCUGGCCGGGAUGAACUCAAGAAGCUCUUCAAUCUGUGUGGUCAGUGACAUUGACGGUGUUUGAGCAACGCAAGAAGACAUAAGGGUGUUUGAGGUCAAACAACAAGGAUGUACCAGACCUUGGCUGGCAACUUUGAAGGUGUAGUGCAGUACAACAAGGACAACCGGGCAUUUGAGGGUGGAGUGGGUGCCAACAUCACAUUGGACACACUGUGCGGCUUAAUGACCGACGCCUCCAUCACUCCCAUUGAGCGCUAUGCCAAUGUCAACAACCUCCUCAUGACCACAUACAAGCAGAAGUGUGUUGACUUUGUCUACUCCAAGAUGAUCGAUGACUUGAAGAAGGUUGAUUGGAACAGCAGUGCUUCAGAGGGAGGUCGCCAGUGGACUUACCAGACAUGUACAGAGUUUGGCUUCUUCCAGUCUUCAGAUUUAGACAAUCAGCCAUUUGGCCAUGGUUUCCCUGUCAGUUUUGCUGUGCAACAGUGUAUGGACAUCUUUGGCUCACAGUUCAACGCUGACCUCAUACAGCAUGGCAUCAACCGCACCAACACCAACUAUGGAGGCUAUGGAAUAAAAAUUACCAAAGUUGUCUUCCCAAACGGUUCCAUUGACCCCUGGCAUGCUCUUGGAAUUACAUCAGACCUUGGACCUGAUGCCACUGCCGUCUUUAUAAACGGAACUGCUCAUUGUGCCAACAUGUACCCUCCAAGAGACUCUGACCUGCCAGAAUUGGUUCAAGCCAGAGCAACAAUACAGAAGCUGAUUGGUCAAUGGCUAGAGUAGACACCGAUACGAAAAUAAUGUUACACAUUCCUUCAAUCCAGUUGCUCAAACCUAACCUUUUAGUUGUAGAUGUAUAACAUAAUUUUGUUAAAUAAUGGAAGUUUAUAGCAUUAUAGUUUUAGUAAGAGAGACACUUUUGUGCCAUAUUUUUGUCAGGAAAUAGAAUAUUGAUUUUAGACAUAGUCAAGGUUUCCAUGUAAAAAUAUACUAGUAAAUCCCAAUCAAUCAAUGCUUGUCAUAAGAGGUCAAUCUCAUGACUUGGCCGAUUGCAUGUCAUUACAAAUAUAAUUGCUUGGAUUGAUGACUAGCAGUCACAGGAUUGCCUUGUCCAUCCUCAAUCGUUCACAGACAGCUGUCGUUUCAUUGGCAUUUUACAGAGUGGGGCAUUACGCAACUGAAACCAACAAACAAUAUUUUUAUCAUUGGUAAAUAUUGGCUAUUCCAGACCAGACACUGCAUCAGGUCAAUGAAUGUUUUAGCCUUGCUGUUAUAGUCUUGUUUUUUAAUCAAGUAUAAUGACGGUCUUUCAAGGAUGUUUAAUAAAUGUACUAUUUUUGUACAGUAUUUUAAUAAAUUUUCAUUUGUUUUA